GUUCAUUUAUUAACUGUUACUUUGAUAUUUAAUUAUGUCUGAUAAUAAAAUGACGGAAGAAGUGAAAGCUACAACCCAUAAAGAAAAGGGUUCUGAAAUAGUCAUAGAAAGUCUUGAUAUUGCUAAUUUAUCUACAAAAGAGGAGAGAAAAUCAGAAGAACUACCAGAGGAGGAUGAUCAGGGAUCCACAGUCACUGAUUUAACUACAACUACAGAAGAGGAUAUGGAAACAUCCAAGGAAUUAGGCCUCGUUAUAAAUGCACUUCAAACAACUCUAAUAAAACAAAAUCAAGAACAUGAAGAAGAUCAUAAAGAUAAUAAAGCAUGUAAUACAGAUGAUAUUAUUUCAACCAGAAUAAACUACCACCAAGAAGAAGAAGAGGAAGAAGGGUUUCAAGAAGAAAGGAAUAGGUCUCAGACCUUUGAUGAAAUUGUUCAAGACAUUUUACCACCUACCCCUGGUAUUGCACCACCAAGACAGACGUUUGAAUUUAAUGAACGUUCAAGUGAAGAAGCCACUGAUGUGGAUAGUUAUAGCGCAAACUUGAUUGCAUUAGAAAAGAUUGAUACAAAAAAUAUUAAAGAAAAUACGCUUUCUCCUCGUCAACAAGAAAGGGCAGAUGAGCCUGUCCUUCGGGCUGUUCGUCAUUUAUUUAAUAACAGAUUUAUGAAGGCAAAGAAAUUAUUCGAAAAACAAGCGGAAUCUGAUCCUUUAUAUGCGUUAGGUCUUGGUUCUAUGGCCUUUUUAAAAGCUAUUAUGACAACGGAUGAAUCUAUGUCUAAAAAUGCUAUUGAUAUUCUUACGACAACUUAUAGUAUUGCUAAAGCACAAAUUGAUGUUUCUACAAAGAAAACUGUAGGAGAUACUGUUUACCAAGCAAUGAGUUCUUAUUAUAAUUAUAUCAAGUUUGCACGUGGAUCGGGUGGACUUCCUGUUAGUCCAAAGCCAGCUACAUUAAAAUCAAUUAGAAAAGAUGGUGUUCAUUUUAUUCCAAAUGGUGUUUUACGUGCUCAUGUUGCUAAAGCUGAAUGCUGUCUUCAAAUCGCUAUUUUACAGUUACUUCAAGAGAAUGUAAUGGGUUAUAUCAAAUGUGGUAUGAAUUUAAGAAGAGCUUAUACAAGUUACAGUUUGGUUUGGCAAGAAUAUAAACGUAUGGGCCAAAUUUAUAAUGAUUUUAUUGAUCGUGAUACCAUCUCGGGUAUUCAAUUUGGUAUUGGUGCUGUACAUCUUGUAUUGUCAACGCUUCCUCAAAAAGUCCUUCGUAUUGUAUCUGCUUUUGGAUGGAAAGCGGAUAAACAUCUUGGAUUCGCAUUGCUAAAGCUUUGUGUAGAAGAAAGAAGAAUUCGGUCUCCUAUGGCAUCUCUCAUGUUAUUAGCUUAUUAUACUGUCCUUACAUCUAUUUGUCCUCAAAUUUUAUCUCAUGAUUACACACAACCUGCUAUUGAGACAUUAUUAGAUGCUCAAAAGACAUACCCUAAUUCAGCAUUCUUCCUUUAUUUCGCUGGACGCACAUCUCGUCUUGCACGUAAUCUGGCAUUAUCUACACAAUCAUUUAUCUAUGCAAUUGAGAUCAGUAAGCGUGAAUGGGCUGAGGUAGAGGUCCUACAUCUAUGUAGUUAUGAAAUUGGGUUUAAUCAUAUGAUGGAACAUCGAUGGGAGGAGGCUGCACAAGUGUUUGAUAUGCUUUACAAGGAAAGAUAUUGGUCACCUGCCAUCUUCCGUUAUUUAACAGGCGCCUGUUUAGAUAUGAUGGGCUAUCGUACAGAAGCUAUCUUAGCUUAUGCUGAGGUCCCCCAGUUGAUAGGGUCCAAGACGCAUAGUACUGCAUUAAUGGAAAAAUACGUUUUACGUAAGGUAACGGCAUUUCAAGAGUAUGGUUAUCAAGACAUGGAUAUGACACUGUGUGCCCUCGAAUAUCUUUGCCUUUUCACGGGGUUUGAUUUCAUGACACCCGAAUUCUUGGAGGAGUCACUGUUGAUUGUUGAUAAAGGGCUUAAUGCAAUUAUGGAGGCGGAAAGGACAGAAUUCGGGAUUCGUACACGAGAAUUAUUACCUGAUACUCCUCCACCAAGGUACUUUGAUCAACGUGGUGCGUUAUUUUUAAUUAAGGCAUCACUUUUCAAUGCUAUGGGCCGAUAUAAAGAUUCAAUUAUACAUUUGAAUUGGAUUAUCGAUCAUAAAGAUCAGAUUACAGGUGAUAAAUGGAUUGUCCCCUUUGCCUUUUGGGAAGCAGGCGUUACGAUGUGGGGUAUGGAUAAUAAAGUGCGUAGUCGAACAUUUUGGGAAACAGCGUUAAAAUAUAGCAAAUAUGAUUUUGAAUAUCGAUUAGCCAUACGUGUUAAUUUAGCUAUAACAAAGGCGGAUGAGUUAGGUAUUCCAAAGCCUCAUGAUGCAUCAAACAAUCGAUAUAAUGCUAAUACAAAGGACUUGGAUAAUCAUUCUGUUCAAGAAGAUAAUAGUACUAAUGAUUCUGUACGAUUAAGCAUUUCCGAAAAUUCUACUGAUACUGGUAAAGAUUCGAAUGUCUUGCAAGCUUAUUCCUAAAACGAAUUAGUCUUUAUACAUAUAUGUAUAUACAUUUAUAUGUCUUAUGCAUGUAUUUUUAUAUGAUACAUUAUGAUAUCAUUUCUCUCUAUUUUAUAACUACACCUUUGUUUAAUCUUGUUUCUAUAUCUCUGUAUCAACAACAACAAUUAAAAAAAAAAAAAAUAGUAAUAAAUAUGUUUAUU